ACCUGGACGCGUCAGGGCCGUCCGCAGGCCCGAACGGAUGCAAACCGCUACGGUAGCACUGGAGGAGCGUCUUUGGGGGGAGCCACUAUAUAAGACCGGCAGGGACCCGGAAGCCAGCGUGCCACGGGGGGAAUUGGAAGCUCAAGCUCUGGACUCGGGCCUCGACAAACCAGCUUCGGGGCAUUUUGGCAGCAAACCUCAGCGUAAUUCUAUCCCGUCAGUUGUCACCUCCAAUCUCCCGUCACUUGCUAUCAUUAUCAUAUCUCCGUUUUCCAUCAACAUAAACCUCCUCCUCAACCUCCAUCACAAUCCCACGUGCGUUUGUCGCCCGCAACUCCACAAUCUCCGUGUCUCUCCCUCCCUUGACAGCCGUUUUUUUCUUCUUCUUUUCACUGCAUCAUCCUUACGCCUUUUAUUUAGAGUUCCUCGCUGUUCUCUCUUCUCCCUCACAUACCCGCAUCAUCACCCUUUUUCUGCACUGCUCCACUGCAUUUGAUACCUGCAUGCCCGUGACGACGCUGCAAAUCGCUGGACCAGAGGGCAGAGACGCCCCGAGAUUGAAACCCGGGGAGAAGAAGCGAUACUGCCGCUGAUAGCAUUUGCUUUGCUUGUCCUCUACUGCUUUUAUAUCAUCUUCACUGCUGCUGCUCUGCUGCUUGCUCUUCCUCUUCUUCCCCCGUUUGGACAGCCGGGCGCUGCUUAUACCAAUCAGCCCGCGCACACACUCACCACCCAUCAUU